UUAUGUAGUGUUGAUUGUCUCUCUCGAGGCAGGCAAUGCGCGAUGGAGCAGAUGAAGUCUAGAGGGAGGAGUUACCGAAACCACGUAACGAUAAGGGCGGGGCUUCGUUCGCACUGUUGAAACUUUGUCGAGCUCCGCCCUUCAGCAGCUGCAACGCAUUUAUACACAUGUGCAAACUUUGCCCAUGUACGACACUUCCAAAAUCUGUGGGGUUCAACUCCAAAGAACUCCAGCGCCUUAACGACUCCGUGUGAAGAGGCAAACCCCAUUCAGCCGUGGAUUUCUCUGAGUACACGAGGAUCCUUCUCGAUCCGAAAACUUUUUCCCCCUAAGCUGGAAGUCGCUAUAGAAAAUGUCUGCUUCGGUGCUGUCUUCCAUAUAUGAUUUCGACAGGGAAAAAGUCCCAAAUUCAAAUGCAAUCUGUCUUCACAAUAUGCUGGAAAAGAGGAAUGUUGGGGUCCCAUUUGCUGCUUCCAAUACCAACAGCAACAGGUCUUUUGGUUAUUUCAGGAGUAACUCAUCAAACCACAUGGACUGCAACAUGAGCAACAGGCUCCAGAUCGGUUUUGAGAGCUCGACACCUGCCUUCAUGAAUAAAGAAAACAAGUACAGAGACCGUGCGUUCAGUGACACGGGGGAACGCAGUCAACAACUUCAGGAAAUCCUUCAACAAAAGCCCGGCUCUCAGAUCAACUCGACCCGCUACAAAACCGAACUUUGCAGGCCUUUUGAGGAAAACGGCUUGUGCAAGUAUGGGGAAAAGUGUCAGUUCGCUCACGGCUAUCACGAAUUGAGAAACCUGUCCCGCCACCCGAAGUACAAGACAGAGCCAUGUCGCACAUUCCACACUAUAGGUUUCUGCCCAUACGGCCCCCGCUGCCACUUCAUUCACAAUGCGGAGGAGCGAAGAGCUGCUACGAGUAACACUCAAUCAAGGAUCAGCAGGGAGAUUGGGGUCCUGGAAGAGAAAGAACCCUCAAACCCAUUCCUGAGACCGAGGGAAAGACCGAAGCUAAACCACAGCCUGAGCUUUUCCGGCUUCUCCAGCUUCUGCUGCAACGAGUCCGCUUUGAUUGACAACCCAACAUCACACACGCCCCCACCGCCCACCUGCACACUCACUCCCAGCUCGCCCUGUCUGAACGCGUUCACUUUCCCGGAUCAGGAUCUUAAGGCUUUUCUUGCACCCAUCAUCCCUCAGACCCAAAAUGCUUUUACCCAUCAGACCAGAGGUGGCUUGUAUGGUAACAUCCAGACCAACGCUUGCCCCCCGUCGCCGCCUUUCAAAAUGAGCCACUUACCCUCCAUGCAUCCACUCUCCGAGUCUCCAGUGUUCGAUUCUCCACCAAGCCCACCGGAUUCCCUCUCAGAUCCUGAGGGCUACCUGAGCGGCUCUUGCUGUUCCUCUGGCACAAUCAGCGGCUCGGAGUCGCCCAGUAUGGACGCAAAUAGACGUUUGCCAAUCUUCAGCAGGUUGUCGAUUUCAGACGAUUAACUUGGUAUUAUUGUUACAGCCUUUUAUCCAAGUAGUGCCGACAUGAGUUUCAGGUAAAAUAUCAGUCUCAGCCGUUGGUUAUCUCUAAGUGUUCGUCUCAUGAUUGAGAUCUGAUUAUAUUAUUUCUUCCUUCUCAUUUUUCCUUACAAUGACAUACCAAGAUGAUGGCUUCAACAGUCUAGAAAAAGGCCUAUUUAGAAGUAAUUAUCUUGGGAAAACAUUCCAUAAGUUUGAAAAGUGUGUGAGAGCACAAGAACUGGGACUCAUAAGUUGGUAAUGGAAUGUCACUGCAGAUUCUUUUUUUUUUAACUGUGUGGUAUCAUUGCAUUUUGCAUCAUGCUUUGAAAUCUAUUUAACUUAUUUAUUGUCAUGUGAAAAGUAUGGCCAUCAAGGAUAAAUUGAGUCCAUAUGGUAUUUAUCAAAUCUAAAGCAAUACACUUAUAUUCCUGUUUAAAUUGUGAUCGUCAAUAUUAAUCUGGAAACUGUUGGGUUUGUCUCCAUAAUAUAUUUUUGUUAACGUUUAUUUUACUGUAAAUAAGUUAAGAUUGUAUGCUAUUUAAAUUGUUUAGUGUGUGUGUGUGUGCGCGCGCAGUAUAUGUAUAUAUUAAAAAGUGGGAGCGUCUGAUGAGGUCACGCUGUGAUUUGUGCGGGAGGGAGGGAAGUGACCGAGGAUCUGUGGGCAUUUGUAGAUGGUCUUUUUGACCAUAAAGAACUAACUGACUUCACACCUACGAGUAUGACUGUUUCUCUUUUACCAAGGAUAAUGACAACCAAAAAAAAAAUCCAGUUGUGUGACGAUUGCGGUCUAGUGCCAGAGAAUGUAGCACUCUCCUAUCUAGAGGUUAAUAACUAGCUAAUAUGUGCUUGCUUGGGUUGAAGAAACCACAUAGUUUAACCUAAUAAAACAGUUGCUUUGGUGUAUAUCUAAAGCCAGUUGAAUUGAAUGUAGCUCAUAGAUCAAGAUGUCUUUUUUUUUUUAUGGUGACAGAUGCUAUUUCAUUGUUUAUUUUUCUACUUUUAGAACAUUUGAACGCACCAUUCCUAAUGAAAGAUAUUCUGCCUUUCAACUGUGCUUCUCUAGACAUGCUGACUGGGGAUAUUAAGUUUGGUAGUUUAAUAACUAUUACUUAAAAUUUUUAGAUGAAGUAAAAACACUGAAUGUAAUGAGUGAUCGUCAGCUGGAGUUGGAGUAUGUAUACAAAGUGUGCAGAGUAAACUUGUACUGUAUGUUGUAUUUUUAAAUUUUUUUCCAUAGAACUUCUAAUAAAGACACUUUUUU